CUUUGCCCUUCCUAACCUUCCUCUCUUCUUUUCCUGGCAAUCGCCCCCUUGCAGAGCCCUUUGCAAGCUGCCUCGACCGCGAGACGAAAGCCCUCUGUUGCCCAUCCUCAACUCAUCUCUUGCUACUAUCCAAAAUGGCACCUGCAAUCAACGGUGGCGCGAACGGCGAUGCGUCGACGUCCCAGCGCGUCCUCGACCCCUCCGAGGCAGUCGCCCACCUGAAGACCUAUCAGUUCGGCGAUGGCCUCGCCAUGUCGGAGCUGAUGAACAGCCGCGAGCAUGGUGGGCUGACGUACAAUGAUUUCCUCGCACUUCCGGGCUUCAUCGACUUUCCUGCAUCCGAGGUGUCGCUGCAGACACGCGUCACGCGCAACGUCGUCCUUAACACGCCAUUCCUCUCCUCGCCCAUGGACACAGUCACCGAGACCAACAUGGCCGUCGCCAUCGGCCUCAUGGGCGGCAUGGGUGUUAUCCACAACAACAUGUCACCGCAGGAGCAGGCGAGCAUGGUGCGCAAGGUCAAGAAGUACGAGAACGGCUUCAUCACGGAGCCACUCUGCCUAUCCCCUAGCGAAACCGUCGGCGACGUCCUCGAGAUUAAGGAGCGCCUCGGCUUUGGUGGCAUCCCUAUCACAGACACCGGCGCUCUGCACGGCAAGCUGCUCGGUAUCGUCACGGCUCGCGACGUGCAGUUCCGAGACCCCAACGUGCCGCUGUCCGAGGUCAUGACGUCAAACCUGGUUCUCGCCCGCGAAGGCAUCACGCUGGAGGAGGCCAACACGAUCCUGCGCGAUUCUAAGAAGGGAAAGCUGCCCAUCAUCGACGCACAAGGCCGUCUCGUCAGCCUGCUCGCUCGCUCCGACUUGCUCAAGAACCAGAACUACCCGCUUGCCAGUAAGCGCCCCGAGAGCAAGCAGCUCUACUGCGCCGCGGCGGUUGGCACGCGUCCGUCGGACAAGGACCGCCUGCGGCUGCUCGUCGACGCUGGUCUCGACGUCGUCGUGCUGGAUUCAUCGCAGGGUAACUCAGUCUUCCAGGUGGAGAUGAUCCAGUGGAUCAAGGAAAAGUUCCCCAAGCUUGAGGUUAUCGCAGGGAACGUCGUGACGCGCGAGCAGGCAGCGACCCUCAUUGCCGCGGGCGCCGAUGCGCUGCGUGUCGGCAUGGGCAGCGGCUCAAUCUGCAUCACGCAGGAGGUCAUGGCGGUCGGUCGCCCGCAGGGCACGGCUGUUUACGCCGUCGCUGAGUUUGCACGCAAGUUCGGCGUCCCCGUCAUCGCCGAUGGCGGCAUCUCCAAUGUCGGGCAUAUCGCCAAGGCCAUGGCGCUUGGCGCGAGCGCCGUCAUGAUGGGUGGUCUGCUCGCCGGCACGACCGAGUCCCCCGGCGAGUACUUUUACCGCGAGGGCAAACGUCUGAAGGGCUACCGCGGCAUGGGCUCGAUUGAAGCGAUGGAGCACCAGAAGCCCGCCAGUGUCCCUGGUGCAACGGGCAAAGGCGCGGUGAAGGCCAAGAGCCUCGCGCAGGACGCAAGCAUCACUGAGAACGCUGCGACUCAACGCUACUUUUCUGAGGCGGACGCUGUCAAGGUCGCCCAAGGCGUCUCAGGAGCCGUGCAGGACAAGGGAAGCGUCAUCAAGUUUCUGCCGUACCUCUUUACCGGGCUGCAGCACUCGCUGCAGGACAUGGGCGUCCGCUCGGUUGAGGCGCUGCGCGCGGGGGUUGCAGAGGGCAGGGUCCGCUUUGAGCUACGCACCGCGCAGGCCCAGCUCGAGGGCGGUAUCAGCGGCUUAGAGUCGUACACGAAGCGGAUUAGGUGUCUCAACCACCAUCUUGCAAUUGUACAGUACUAGGCCCGUG